AUGGCGGCGGAGCCCCGGCGCCUGUGGGUCCAGGCGCGCGGCGCGUACGGUGCCAGCGAGGCGCUCCGGCGCGCGGUGGACCGCCGGCGGGACCCCGGGCCGCAGCCCAACGGGCCGGGGCUCGACGAAGCCCGCGCCCCGGGCCGCCUGGCUCGCCUGCGGGGCCAGCUCCGGGCUGGGGCGGCGGCGCGGGCCGACGCGCCCCGGCUGCUGCGGCUGGUGCAGCGCGCGGGGGCCGCGGCGGGGGCCGGCGAGCCCGAGGAGGCGCGCGGCCGCGGCUCCGUGUGCUCCGUGUGCGGGGAGCCGCGCGGCGGGGCCACCUACCCGGCGGGCGUCCUGGAGCUGAGCGAGCGGCGGCUGCAGGAGGGCCUGGCGGCCGUGCGCGCCGAGCUGGGCGCGGGGCUGGAGGCCCUGCGCGCGGAGCUGCGGGCCGAGCUGGACGCCCUGCGCGCGCUGCUGCCGUCGCCUCCGCCGCCCGCCCGCCGCGAGCCCCGCGUCCCUCGCGGCCCGGCCCUGCUGCGGGCGCUGGGCACCGCGAACGCCCUGGCCGCGGGCGCCAGGCCCGCAGACGACGCCUCGGGCGGCGCCAGCCGGGCCCCCGCUCGGAAGAACCUCAAGAAGACCCCGCCGGGGGCCCCGCUGGGCGGCGGGGAUUAA